AUGUUGCUCCCUACAGUAUUUUCUGGGGGAUUAUUCCUCUUCUUCCCCACGACGUUUGCUUUGUUGCUGAUCAUUGUUCCUUCAGCUCAAGGUGUGUCGAAAUUUGGAUCGCUUCGUCAUCGUGUUGGAAAAUCGGAUCGCGUCGUCGUGGAACAAAAUCAAGGUGUCCCCCGACCGAAUCUAUUGUUCACUAAAAGUCUUGCCACAAAGAUCAUCGAUGUUUUUGCAAUUGGUUGGGAAUUGGUCGUGAAAUAUCAAAUAUUCAACAUUGGUGACGCUCCCGCUGUGAAUUUGGCUGUAUACGACAUUGAUUUUGAGGUGGAUGGAAAGUUCAUUGCGGUCUUGGAAAAGUCGAAUGGAACGGUCGGAGAAGGCAAACAGAAGGAUGAUCACGAAGCAGCUGGUUUGAUUGGCGAAGAUGGAAGAUUCAAACAAUUGCCCCCAACAAUUGGGCCUGGAAAGAACUUUACCUGGGAGUUGGUCGUGUUGCCUGUGGCUUCCAAAUUUGCUGACAGACGCUACCGAUUUCAAGAGGCCAAAAUCACGUAUGAGAAACUCAGCGGCGAUGAGGGAACCCCAGAAAUAGUUGGAUGGUCAAGCUUAAGCCAUAAAGAAGUCAAAUUUCUACCACAACUUGAGGCUCAGCGACGAUUCAGGUCGAUGAAAUCUAAAAUGAUUGACCUAAUAUUGUUUCUGCUCAUGACGAUCCCCACGGUUCUGGCCCCCUACACAAUGUGGAAGAGGCACUCUAACAAGUAUGAUGCUUUACAGCUAUUCUGGAACAAUCACAAGGCCAGUGUCAAGGGUCUCGCAAAGAGUCAGAAAGUCAAGAAUAAUAAAAAGAUUAAGUAGUUCAAUAAUUAAAGUAUUACGGUGAAACUGUUGUGAAUUUCUAUCGACUGUUAAAUGUAGUUCUUCCCUUGUUUUUGUAUGGCAUACAUGAG